UCCACCCGAAUGUCGCAUCGCAUCGCCAUUCCAAUUGACCGCCACCUUUGCGAAGUGUCCACCAUGGCGUGCGGCGGCGGCGGCGGCAUUUUCAGCAGGGCGCUGGGCUACGUCGUCAACGAGUUCCUCGUCCAGGGCCUCGCCAACAACCGUGCCUUCCAGAGGUUUGCUGUGAGCACCAACAGGACUUUCGAGAAUCUCUCAUCUAGAGUUAAACAAGUCAGGGAGGAGGUGUCAGAGCAAAUGAGGGAUUCUCGUGGGCAUGAUAAUCGCUUCAAGCAGUGAUGUCGACUCCUAGGCGUGCAUCAAGUUGCUAACUGUACAAUCCUGCUAUCAGCGUUCCCGGUCAUCUUUUCUUGUCCUGUUUUUGGAUGCCAUCCUCAAGAGGCCUAUAGAAUCUGAAUCCAAAUGAUUUUACUUUCUACGGAGAAUGUUUUUAUAGAAAGAACUGUCUAGAGAGCAUUAUUUCCUAAA